CACUGUUCAUUUCCGUAAAGAAACUUGAACGAGUUAUCUGCCAUGAUUAAUUCACCAACAACUAUCGAUCAUGUAUAAGCAUCCACCUCUUCCACCUGUUGCAGAUGAUUAAAGUUUGAGAGAGGAAAGGCACCAUUCCUUGUGAAGCAGAUCGUGGAGCUGGAUCGUUCCGCCCCUAGUCAUCUUCAUUAUCUUGAUCUUCAAACAAGUCUUCGGCUGGGUCAUACAUAAUCAUGUCAGGGAAAAGUUCUAGAAAGUCAUCUUUUACCUGCUCUCUUAUGUAUGGCCGGGGAAGACAAGCUACAGCAUAUAGAAUUUGCAAUUCCAGAGACAAAAGAUGAAUAGUUGAGUUGAUUUUUUUUUUCUUAGCAUAGUAGAUCUUAAAAAAUGAGGUUAAUAGCUGUCGAAAGCAUAAUUUUCUAGUUAUAAAAAAUUAUUUAAAAUACAAUCCCUAUCCAAUCACCUCGUUCAACCUCCGGUACAGCCGCAUUAGCAAACAGCACUAAUCGGAUAUAAGAAUCCGCACCCCUCAAAAAGUAGCAAGCAAGCAACACACCUCUAAGCUUCGAAUAAAAUCAUUAUCCAAUCAAAACUCAGCACAAAAUCAGAUUGUCAAAGCCAAACACCAAAGAACUACUACUAGAAACUACUCCUCUACAACUACUACACCAACAAAGAGGGGCACAGCUUCUUCUCGUCUUCAAGUUCCUCAAAAUAAACCUUAAAAUCUCUCACUGUUCUCAACUCAAUGCCUUGUCUCUAACUACCCUCAAAAAAAUAUGUCUUGGCUUUUCAAAUCACUCCAAUCCAACGACCCAGGUUCACCCCCACACUCUCCUCCCCCUCCUUCAGUUAAAGACGACUUGUCGGCCAUCGGUGUUUCUAUCGGUCGUCAAUUACGUGGCGUUGCUAACUUCCUCGCCCCUCCACCCCCGUCCCGUCCUGAAGCAGCCAAAUCACAACCGUCCGAUUCUUCUCAAUCAUCACGAGCUCUCAUCGGGAUUCGCAACGAUCUCGCCGAAAUCGGUGACAGUUUAAAAUAUGGUCUCUCUAAACUCACUUUUAAUUUCUUGCGAUUUAAAGAUGAUGAUCAUAACAACAGUAGUCAAGAAGGUGAUUAUGAGGAUGGCGUGGCGGGGAUUAAUGAGGAGGUGAUUGGUUUUGUUAAGGAGAUUUCUCUGAGACCUGAUUACUGGGUUGAUUUUCCCUUACCACUCCAAAACGAUUUUAGAAUGACUGAUGCUCAAAGAGAACACGCCUCAAAUAUUGAACGUUUUGUUCCUAGUUUGGCACAACUUAGAUAUAAUCUUAGGAGUGAAGCGGGGGAUGGCCGAUUUUGGAUGGUUUAUUUUAUAUUGUUGAUUCCAAGAUUGAAUGAAGGUGAUUUCGAGAUUCUAUCGACUCCCCAGAUAGUUGAAACAAGAAAUGUACUUCUGGAGAAGCUGCGAAACAAGAAGAAUGUGGAGUUGGAAAGCUUCAAGAAUUCUAUCAGUGAGACACAAGGAGAGAAUACAACAUCUAGAGAAGAGGUCGCCGGGAUUGUAAAUGCUACUGAAGGCUUAAAAAUUAAUGAUGAAGAGAAUUCCAAGCAGUUUUUAAAAGAGCAAAUUGAUAAUAGCAUUUCAAUGGAUAACCGGAAAAAGCUUGAAGGCGAAGAGGAUGUGUCAUUCAGUGAUCUGGAAGAUGAUUAUAGUGAUUCUUCAACAAGAUUAUCAGCUUCUAGGAAAGCACAGAGCAUUAGGGCUCCUUCACCCAGUGGAUCCAGCGAUUGGGUCCAACUGAAUGAAAGCUCUGACAUUCUGGGUGGUCUACGUAAGGCAAGGCAGUCAUUUUCUCGUGAUAAAGAUUCAGAUGCCGAGUCCACUGACUGGCAUAAAGUUGAUGAGUUUGAUUAGACUAUUGGUGAAUGUAUGAUAAGUGAUUUUAUUGUAAAGUUUCUACAAUUUUUCCCCCUAUCCCUCUGGUUUCUGCACUUGCAGAAUCCCACCUGUUACGUUCGUUUCAACAUUUUUUCUUCCUCCCUCUGGUUUCUUUACUUGUGGAACCCAACCAGUCACGUGUCCAUUGUUCUUAGCUGAUAAUUAAGUCAGUAUAAUUACGUGUUAUUGUCAUGGUUUAUGCUAUUCUAUAUGCUUCAGUUAAGGAAGUAUUGGAAUUCUCCAGGUCAUAA